AUGGCGGUCGCAUCGAUACAGGAUCGAACCGCCGAGUUCAAGUCGGUUCUCGCGCAAGCACAGCGUCGCCACUCUUCGAACAAGGUCGGCGCUCAACGACGGUCUCUCCUGUCCGACUCUCAGAAGGCUGCUGCUGAUGGGGACUCCCGACCGCGGCGCUCCGACUUUGCGCGCCAGGCGGCGCAUAUCGGAAGAGGCAUCUCGGCCACAAUGGGCAAGCUCGAGAAGCUGGCAACAUUGGCAAGGCGCAGAACGCUGUUCGACGACCGGCCGGUCGAGAUCAACGAGCUCACGUACAUUAUCAAGCAGGACCUGAGCGCCCUCAACCAACAGAUUGGAAACCUACAGGUUUUGACGAAACAGCAACAUCCCAAGGCCGACCAAGAAGGAGAACACAACAAGAACGUUGUCUUUAUGCUUCAGGGCAAGCUGACAGAUGUCUCGGCCAACUUCAAGGAUGUGCUGGAGGAGCGAACCAAGAAUAUCCAGGCUUCGAGGUCGAGGACAGACAAUUUCAUCUCCAGUGUUUCCCAACACACGCAACCGCCAUUGCAGCAAUCGGCCUCGCCCUUGUACGGAACACCCCAAAGAGGGACGCCGUCACCAGGCGCCGACCUGUUGUCGUUGAAUCCUCCAGGGGACCAGCAGCUUCUGCUGAUGGAAGAGGCACAACCGCAAAACACGUAUAUCCAAGAGAGAGGUGCAGCUAUUGAAAGCAUCGAAUCCACGAUUGCCGAGUUGGGAUCUAUCUUCGGACAGCUGGCAACCAUGGUUUCGGAACAAAGCGAGAUGAUCCAGCGAAUCGACGCAAACACGGAGGAUGUUGUCGACAACGUGCAAGGUGCACAAAGAGAAUUGCUCAAGUACUGGGGCCGUGUCUCGAGCAACAGAUGGCUCAUCGCCAAAAUGUUCGGUGUGCUCAUGAUAUUCUUUCUGCUUUGGGUCCUGAUUGCCGGCUAG